AUGUCCGAACUCCACAAGGCUACCAAGCAUCAUGAUUCCAAGUCAAUGACGAUAACCAUUGGGGUGCUGGCCUUGCAAGGUGCCUUUUUAGAGCACCUGAACCUUCUCAAGAGAGCUGCAGGCCAACUAAAGAGUCAAGGGUUUGAGGACACUUUCGAAUUCACAGAAGUAAGAAACGUGCAGCAACUGGAGCGAUGUGAUGGCUUGAUUAUCCCCGGUGGCGAGAGUACAACUAUGUCUCUCGUCGCUGCACAGUCAGGAUUGCUCGAACCCUUGCGAGAAUUUGUCAAAGUCGACCGCAAGCCAACCUGGGGAACAUGUGCUGGAUUAAUAUUGCUGUCUGAAAGCGCAAACUCCACCAAGAGAGGCGGCCAGGACCUCAUCGGUGGUCUGGAUGUUCGCGUGAACCGCAACCACUUUGGGAGACAGGUCGAGAGUUUUCAGGCCGGGCUCGAUUUACCAUUUUUGAAGUCCAAGGACUCUCCUUCCAGUGAGCCCUUUCCAGGCAUUUUCAUUCGAGCGCCAGUUGUAGAGAGGAUUUUGCCCAAUGUCGAAGGAGUCCAGGAAGAAGAGCAGGCAAAAGCGCAGACUGUUGUAGCGCCCUCAAAAUCCGCUAAAGAUGACCAGGCACGAGGUGCCAUGAGCUCGCAUGUUGACAUUAUGGGUGUACUGCCUGGUCGGCUCAAGAAGGCUGCUGCCAUGGGUGCUGAAGUAAAUGCUGAUGAGAAGGCCGGCGAUAUCAUUGCAGUCAAGCAAGGCAAUGUCUUCGGGACCAGCUUUCAUCCCGAGUUGACGCCGGAUAUUCGAAUACAUGUAUGGUGGUUGAAGCAAGUCUCGGAUGCCAUCAUCAUCACCAGCACUGCGACCCGCUGAUAUCGCAGUGUGAACAACCACCUUUUGAUAGAUCGAAUAGACGGGAUGCUCGCGCCUUGCGGAAAAUAGGCCUGAUUGGCGAUUGGUCAUCUUCCAGCACCAUAUUCGUCCUCCUCCUUCUUUCUUUCGGCGUCGACAGCUCGACCAUAACCUCCACGUCCAGGGUCGAAUUCAUCUCGGUAUUCAUCGCGGAC